CGGCUCAAGAAACUGGAGCGAGGAGAUAUGCAAUCAAUCGAUUGGUUAGACGCGCUGACUGUCGAUGAGAUGCGCAACAUCAUUGCGGAAGAGAAACCCAAACUCGGACCAAUGCUAUACAUAGACUUGCCUCAGUUUGAUUACCCCGUUGUCUUCUGUGAGAGGAUAAUCGACUUGCCGCCAGCCCCUUCCACGCUAUCUGGGCUUCAUGACCCAGAGAUCGAGUAUGACAAUCUACUGGAAACAAAACACCGCCUGCUCACCCGUGCCUACCGCAGAGGCCAUCUGGGCAAAGACCUCAAGCCCAAUGCGCAGAUCAGGAACUACUUGAAUGUAUGUGUAAUCUUCUCGGUAUUUAUGACUUGA